AUUCUCAACAGCCCGCGUUUUGAGCGAUUCGCGAGGAGGCGAUUCUAGCGUGACUUUUUUGUUAUUUGCAGUGUUUUCCGAGCCUCCACAAAAAACCUCAGCAAUGGAUAAGCGCUCGAAAAAGCGUAAAAGUCAACCAAGCAGCGAAGUGUCCACCGAAUCGAAGAAGCUUAAGCUCGCGGAAGAGGAACAGACGAAGGAGCCAGCAGCUUCCGAGAAUGUUUCGGAAGAGGCGGCGGCAGCAGUGCCACCAAGCGUUGGUCAAUUACACGACCUACAAGCAGACAUCAGCAGUUGGCUCGAGAAGCAGGAAGAGUUCGACCAAAUGGACCAGGAAGCGCUGGAGGAAGCGAGUAACCACGACGAUGAACCGGAGGAUGACAUUGAUUUGGAAGCACUCGAUGUUCCCGUUGGCGUAAGGUGUGCAAAAUUCACCGAUAAGGAGAUGCGAAAAAGCUACAAGUACGAGUGCGAGUGGGGCAAGUGCAAGUUCAUGACCGGCACGGAUCGCAAAUACUUCCUGCACGUCGAAUCGCACGCCGAGCUAGCGCUGGAGACGGAGGCCGGAAAGUAUACAUGCAGGUGGGAUCUCUGCGAGUACAGCACCGAGGAUGGGUACGAGUUUGUCGGCCACGUGCACUACCAUGCGUACCAUACGAAGUUGAAGGUGCACGGUGCCAGCCUGCAUUUGCUGCUGAAGCUGCCGAACUGUAACAACGACAGCCGGACGCGGAACACGAUCAGCAACCGGCCGGUCACGUUCCAGUGCGAAUGGAACGAAUGCAGCGAUCGGUUCAACAAGGCACUGCAUUUCUUUCACCACGUGAAGGGCCACAUUGACGAUAUGUGGCCAGCCGGAAAGUGGGCAAGCCUACAAUUUAGCUGCAAGUGGGGGCUUUGCACCACAAAAAGCAAGCUGAAGAGUCGGAAGGAUUUGAUGAAGCACCUCGUAGCGCACACGACGGAGCGGCUCAUUGCGUGCUUCAACUGUGGUACACACUUCCGCAUCCGCGAAAAGUUCGUCGACCAUUGCAACCGACAGCUGGAAAUAGCACAUCGCAAGCAUCAGUGCGACCAGUGCGGUCGGUACUAUGCCACCAAACCGCUGCUGAACAAUCACCUGCAGUAUCACAGACAGGCGCACGCGUGCGAAUUGUGUCCAGCUAAAUUUUCAAGCCAGGGCUUGCUGGCGGCACACAUCCGCAUCAAGCACCUGAACCAGCGUGACUUCAAGUGCCCGCAGUGUGAUUAUUCGUCCCAUUACAAGAAAGAUCUGGUGGCUCACAUACUUGGCCACGAAGGGAAGCUGUUCCGGUGCGAGGAGUUUGGCUGCAAUGUCGUCUACCGGACGUUACUUGGUUUGAAAAAGCACAUCAGCUGGCAUUAUAAUUUACCAACACCGGUGUACGCGUGUCAUCUUUGCGAUAAUAAUCGCUACAAAUCAUCGACUUCGCUGAAGAAGCAUUUUCUCUUUAGGCACGAUAUGGUACGGCCGCCGGGGCUGUCGCGGUUUCGCUUCAAGCUCGACACUGAUGGCUUGUACCGCCUGCAAUCGUUCGUGGACGAAAAGCUGAGGAAACACCACGAAGAGCAGCAAGCUCUAGAACAGCAACAGAAUAGUGAUGAGGCUAACGAGGCCACUGGGCCGACUGGAAGCAAGGGCAAAAGGAAACAGCAAACAUCACAAGCGAAAGCGGUGCAACCAAUGCAAGAUAAAGCGAAACCAACCGCCCUGGCGGAGGCAAUGGCUGCGCCGAAACCGAAGCUUAAGAUAAAUUCCAUGAAAUCGAUUGGCAUGCGCAAAUUUGAGAUUGAGUUGGGCGUUGAAGCGGUAGAAGCAGGAUCAUCAUCAACCAAUGCAGUGCUAGCAGCGACGGCAUCGCCAUCGGAAGGUGGCGCAGCGAUUGCAAAACAAUUGCCGGGACAGCACGGAACAGUAGCAGCGGAAGCCGCUGUGCGUCCGCCGGUGGGUAUAAAGCAGGAGGUGGAAGAAUCGAACCAUUUCGGCACGGAAUCGACCAAGCAGCCGAAAGAUGUGAAGGAUUUUAUGGUAAUGAAGCGGUACUUGAAAUCGAGCGCAAAGCCGUCAGCCAACGCCUAGGUGCGCGACAAAAUCGAACGUUCGGUGUAGUACGUUGAUUUGCUUUGUAGUGUGUUUGGGAUUGUAGUUAAAUGCUUGUUUUCUUAAGUUGAAUAGUAUAAAUUCGGGGUCUGAAUAAAAUAAAAUUAUUGCUUGACAAA